UUACUCGCAAAAAUGAAAAGAUAAUAUUGAACUAAGAAAUAACCGUGGCCAAAUAAUUCUGGUUCAUUUGGUCAAUAGAAGUGAAGAAGAAGAACAAGUAGUAACCAAACUUUGCUUGUUUGGUCAAGACGAGGAGGACUGUAUUGAAUGUCUUGUUUAUAGAUAUAUUUUUUUUUAAUUAUAAACUUAUUACUUCAUAACGGAAGUUCUUAGAGAAAUGUAGAAAAAAUGGCAGCAAACAUUUUAGAAGGUGAUGUUCUGAAAAAUUCAAAAAGAAUUUGUAGCAAUAAUUCAUCAGCUUUCAAUAAGUCCCAUAUUUUGGAAAUUUUGAACAACAGACCCAUUGGAAAUGUAAAGAAGCGAUUAGGAUUCAGCGAUAAUUUAAUUUUUAAUUUGUAUAACUCAUUUGACUCAGUGCAACAAAGUAAUUAUCAUUUUGAUAAGUAUUGGGGAGGUAUAUUUAAUCUCGAAUUCAGUUUGGAUGGAAAACUCGUAGUCGCAGCCUGUGAAGGGAAGCAGAUUUUGUUAUUUGACGCAGCAAAUCAUAAACAACUUAAAGUGGUGGAAAAUGCACAUCAAAAUUGUGUCAACUGUGUCAGAUUCUUAAAUGAACAAACAUUUGCAACUUCUUCAGAUGAUACUUUGAUAAAGUUAUGGGAUGUAAGAAACAUAAAAUCAGCAGUAGUGACCUUGCAUGGGCAUACAAACUGGGUGAAGAAUAUUGAAUGGUCUGAGCAGGAACAAGUAAUGGUAACAUCAGCUUUUGAUGGAACUAUCUAUGCCUGGAAUUUAGCCAACAUUACUGAAACCAAUAUGCUUUUUGACAAGGUUUUUUUAAUGAAGGGGUUGAUGCGCAUGAAAUUAACUCCUGAUGGUACAAAGAUGAUAAUUGCUACAACAACAGGUUAUAUGAUAAUUAUACAUGACUUGAAUUUAUUGACUUUGGCUACAGAUUUAAAAUAUUUUCAGCCAAAUUUAUACAGAUUAAUGCAGAUGAGUGAUCAAAGUUUUCCUGUAGCAACACCCUAUAAUCAUUUAUUUAAUCCACAUAGAAAACGAAAUCGUAUUGAAUUCAUUGAUGAUUUUCCUAAUGAAGCAGAAGCUAUAAGCUCACUUCAAAUCCAUCCACACGGAUGGAGUGCUGUAUCACGGAAUCUAAAUGGUUCAGAAAAUGAAGAGUGGACGACCGUUCAUGAUAUACAGGACAGAGACCCAAAAGAUUAUGAAAAUGCUUAUGUAAUCAUUGAAGACAUUAAUACAGACGAUGAUUCGGACGAAUUUAACAAUCGACGCCCAACAGAUCUCUGGAUGGGAUAUAUUUCCAUUGACGAUUAUAACAAUUUUAACAGAAGCCGUCAGGAAGAUCAGAACAUCUAUGAGAAUGUUCAGAUUCCUUCGAUGGGGAUUGUCAGUAGUGGAUUGAUAGGAUUAAGUGCUUCUUACAGUACCUAUUUCCAGCAUCAUCCAGAAGAAAAAAAUAAAAUUAUUCGAAACCUUCCAAGAAUGACUCAUUAUAUUAAGGAGAAAAGUCUGGGCAAAGGUUUUAUCAAGGAGCUAUGUUUUUCAUCAGAUGGGCGCAUUAUUUGUUCUCCUUAUGACAAAGGAGUCCGACUGCUGGCUUUUAAUGAAUAUUGUCACGAACUGUCCAUGUGUGUACCAGAAAUACCACAGCAGCUAAAAACCAUAGUUGAAAUGAAUGACUACCAUAGGGAUAUUGUUGUCUCUUGUAAAUUUAGUCCAACACACUAUCAACUUGUUAGUGGUUGUUUAGGCAGUGACAUUAAGUGGUACCAACCUGUUCUAUAGUGUGUUUUCUUAGGCAGAUGGUGAAUAACAAUUAGAGUAAGGUAAAAGUUUGUUUAUACCAAGUCAGUGUAAGUUUAUCCAACAAUAAAGUUUCUACUGUCCCU